AUGGAGCAAGAAACCAAGGUCUGGAUCAUACUUGGUGCCGUCGUAGGCACUCUUAUUCUUCUCGCAGUCACCGUUGCCGUCCUGUUCUGCUGGAGGCGAAACAAGAGACGGGUACGAGGCUUCUCGCUACGAGCCGUAACGCCACUGGACGACGCCGAAUUCGAAUCAUGGCGGCGGCCCAGUCAAUAUACACAGCGUCCGGAGAAGUACGGAAUCCGGCCUGUAGUCACACGGGAUCGCAUCUCACCAACAAUGUUCGAGAAAGAGCUUCACACAUACGAGCCGCCCCGAACACCGUCACCACAAGAUGGCCUCAGAUCGCCGUCCAGCUCAAUACGAAAACCAGAACGAGUACGGAGGAAGUCUAGCGUUGCAUCAUCCAUUGCCGACCGGCCUCCAACACCCUACUCGCCCACCUCACCAAGCAGUGAAUUCAACCGAGCCUCUACUUCUUCUCGCAAAUCGCAACCUUUAAUACACUACCCUUCCGUUUCUGAAGCGUCGGCUUUCAAGUUCGACCUCAAAUCUGAGUAUGGCACCCAUCAACAACACACUGGCCGCUGGAUCUGA